AUGGGCGGGGGCGACUCCAAGGAGGCCACGCAAAGCGAGAACAUCGACGGCCGGCGAAGCGCCAUCCACAUCGCGGCCUUAAGUAGCGAACACGAAAUCGCCAUCCUUCGAAGGGCGCUGAAAAAUGCGAACUUGAGGGCCUCUCGACGUCAGGUCGAGUGCGAGGAGCUCCAGCAUUUGUGUGAUGCCCUGCAAAGUCAACUUCAGGAUGCCUUUACGCGGGAAACUUUUUAUCAUCAUCGCCUGACCGACCUCACGGGGGCUUUGGCGGGCUUGACGCCCCCCCAACGCGAGGGCCCUUCGCGGGAUCCCACCUCGCCUUCAUUUGGGAUGCCCACAUCGGCCGAUGCGGAUCGAUCGCCCUCCCCGUGGCUCGACAAACCCGCGGCUUGGCGGGAUCGCUACGAGGAGUUGGUGGUGGAGCUGCGGGGCCUCAAAACCGCGAUGGCGGAGCAAAAGGCCGUGUUGGAUCGCCUGGGAUUGCACCCGCCGUACCGGGAGGAGAUGGUGGGGGCGGCGUGCCUUAUGAUGCCUCGCCUAAAACCACUCGACGCCGUCAAAAAUCUCCACCGAAGGAGUGUUUAA